CCUACCCUUCCUCCCGCCGGGCUGCUGGGGUCAGGGUGUGUUCCCCUCCUCCUCAGCCCGCCGCCUGACUCUCUCUCCCUCCUUCCCUCAGAGGAUGUCUGCCUUCCAGAUCAACUUCACCCCACUCAAGGAGCCGCUCGGCUUCAUCAAGGUCCUCGAGUGGGUUGCUUCCAUCUUUGCUUUUGCCACCUGUGGAGGUUUUAAGGGCAAAACAGAAAUUCAAGUGCGUUGUGCUAAUGUUUCUGACAAUAAAACUCUUAUAGCUGCUUUUGGUUAUCCAUUCAGGUUGAAUCACGCAUCAUUUCAGGCAGCUUCAGGAGUAAAUGUGUGUGGUAUAGCAUGGAGCAGAUAUGUCCUUAUAGGAGAUUACUCUUCCUCUGCACAGUUCUAUGUUACAUUUGCGGUCUUUGUCUUCCUGUACUGCAUUGCUGCUCUUCUGCUUUAUGUUGGUUACACGAACCUAUAUCGAGAUAGUCCAAAGCUUCCAAUGAUUGACUUUAUUGUUACUCUUGGUGUCACUUUUUUGUGGUUGGUGAGCACUUCAGCCUGGGCUAAAGCUCUUACAGAUAUUAAAAUAGCUACCGGUGACAACAUUAUUCAGGAACUUGAGCCUUGUAUUAAGGAACAAGUGAAGUGUUAUUUUCACUCUGUGACCAGUAUGGGAUCUCUAAAUGUAUCUGUGAUCUUUGGAUUUCUGAAUAUGAUACUUUGGGGAGGAAAUGCUUGGUUUGUGUACAAGGAGACCAGCUUACACAGUCCAUCAAGUACUUCUGCUGCACAUGGCCAAGGAGGUAUCCCAUCGCCUGCCGGAAUGUAAUUAAAGGGAGAAAUACACUGUAUGAAAUAUAUGUCUAUGUUAUGACCUGUUGACAACAUCUUGAGAAGCAAUUAUUUGCUUCUAUAAUAAAAGUAAUGGAUCUUUCAGUAAAUUGGUGGGUUUAAAAUUUUUCUUUCUUCAUGAAGCUUGUGCCUUUCCUAGAAAUUUAAGAUGUAAAUGUAUUCUCAUGUCAAUUUGAAAGUUCAGCAGCCUAUUAUGAGAUGAUACACAUUUUUAAAUGAACAGUAAUUUCUUCACUAAGUUCUUUGCCUUCCAAAAUGUUUACACCUUAAGCCUGAGCAUGUAUCUUUACUCAGAAAACAGUUAUAUUGUCAUCAUAUAAUAGGAAGAAAAGCCUUAUUUGGAGUAAACACUACUGUAAGUUUGUACAGAUCACAUACCUAAGACCUGUCUUUGUUUAAGGAAGCCUUGAUGAUAUAAAUCAUAUUUAGAAAAAACUUUGAGUUCAAAAUUUAUAUCUGAGCACUGUUCAUGUUAUGAAAAUUUUUUAAUUGCAAAGACUGGGUGUAUACUUUAUUUCUUUGUUUUUCCAUGACCUGCAGUACUUAAUAGGUGUACUGAAAUUGUUUUGGGAGCAGGAGUUUGGAAAUUUCUGAUAGAUGUAUAGUUAAUUUAGUAAUUCUGUCACAUGAGGUGUAAGCUUCCAUUAUGCUGUUUGCUCCGUAGGCUUGCCAUGUAAGUAGAAGAACAUGGCUCAGCUAGGUAUUUUGAUAUGUUUGGGCAUUAAUCUUAGUGAUAUUUGUUGUCCUUUGUUGCUCAUGCUGCUUAAGCAUGGGCUGAGACCUUGCCUCCUUCCAAGUGGAGUGAAAUAAUCCAUCAUUUUUGGCAGACCCCAUUCAGUGUUUUAAAAAAAAUUAAGAUUGCCUUUUACUUUUGAAGCAUUUAACAGUCAGAGUCAAUGAAGUUGCUGUUUCGAGUUUAGCAUUGAUAUUGUGAAAUGAAAUGCGAUUUGGAAUUCAUAUUUCUUCAUAUUCUUAUUUCACAAAUGGAUGAUUAAGGAAUUAUGCAUUGUAAACAAAGGAACCUAGAUGAGCUAUAUUAUGGGUACACAGUCUUUGCACACACAUUUGGGUAUAUUCUGAGUACAGGGCCUAUUCACAUUUUGCUUCCUAAUGUACAGGGAUCCAGAUCUCCUUUUCCUAAAACAUGAUUGUUUAUAUGUGAAGCUAUCUCGCUAUUAUUGCUUUAUUUUUGUUGCUUUUGUUCAUGACAAGAAUUGUCAAUAUGAGAAUGUAUAUCUUUUAUGCAACCAUCUUAAUAAAGAAGUUGAAAGAAAAA